AUGGAUUGUUUGCAUAAUUCAACAAUUUUCAUCGCUUUAUGGAACAUUAUUUAUUCCAUUCUUCAAAUUGUUAUAUUUGCAUGGCAAACGAAAUAUGUUAAAAAUCGACAAUGGGAAUUUGAAAAUCGACAAAUUCCCAUCGAUGGAACCACUGAUAAUUUUCAAGCUCGCUUUCCUGGAUUGUAUGGUAUUUUAACAGAAACUCCCGAAAGACGUCGUAUAAAUGCAUUAUUUGCACUUGCAAUUGUAUCAUUAAUUACUGCUUUGUUACAUUUAAUUCUCUCAGUUAUGCUAUUCUAUGGAGUUACUACGAAGCGAAUUAAUUUUAUAUUGCCAUGGUUCUUUACCGUAUUACCUCUAAUUAUUUUGUCUACAAUUUAUGCAAUAAUAUGGUGGUCAGGUGACAUCUUUGACACACAACUGAUUAUGUCUGUCACCGAAUUUAUCCUUUCCUUACCGAUCAAUAGUAUAUGUGUUGUAAUUGUUUUGCUGUUUUUCUUUCGCAUUAAAAAAAGUUUGGAAUCAAUUAACCAUUUGGAAAAUGUGAAUUAUGGCAGAAAUUUGCUGAUAAAUAAAGCUAAUAGCAAAAUACCAACAUGGAAAAAUGAUUGGAAUGUUGAAUUAUCCAAGGAAUUUACCUCACAAAAAAGGAUGAUGAAACAAAAGGAUAGAAAUUAUCAUUUGCUACACAAUUCAUAUAUUUGUACUUCAUCGUUAUCGAAAGAAAAUAGCAAACAGCUACAUUUAACAGCUGAUCAUUUGGCUGAACAUAAUCGAAUAUUAUCAAAUGAAGAUAAGCGUUGGAGGUAUUAUCAUUAUAAAUGA